AUGGCUAUGAACGCCAACGCGUUAUCCAGUGACAUAAGCCGAAGGAAUCCACAGGAUGAGUACGAGCUCAUUCAGAGGAUAGGCAGUGGAACGUACGGAGAUGUUUACAAGGCCAAAAGACUUUCCAUGAAUGACCUCGCCGCGAUUAAGGUUAUCAAGUUGGAACCAGGGGAUGAUUUUGCAAUUAUUCAACAAGAAAUUUUAAUGAUGAAAGAUUGCAGACACCCUAACAUAAUUGCCUAUUAUGGGAGUUACUUGAGAAGGGAUAAAUUAUGGAUUUGUAUGGAAUAUUGUGGAGGUGGUUCUCUACAAGAUAUAUAUCACAUAACUGGACCAUUAUCAGAAAUACAAAUAGCAUAUAUGUGUCAAGAAACUCUCUUAGGAUUGGCUUAUUUACAUAGCAUGGGCAAAAUGCAUCGUGAUAUUAAAGGUGCCAAUAUAUUACUGACUGAAAAUGGUGAUGUCAAGUUAGCUGAUUUUGGUGUAUCAGCACAGAUUACUGCAACUAUUAACAAAAGAAAAAGUUUCAUUGGCACUCCCUAUUGGAUGGCACCUGAGGUUGCAGCUGUGGAGAGAAAGGGUGGUUAUAAUCAACUUUGUGAUAUUUGGGCAUGCGGGAUCACCGCGAUAGAAUUAGCGGAACUGCAACCUCCUAUGUUCGAUUUGCAUCCAAUGAGAGCACUUUUUCUCAUGUCCAAAUCUGGUUUCAAACCACCGACAUUAAAAGACCGUGAUAAAUGGAGUCCAACAUUCCAUAACUUCGUUAAAGUUGCUCUUACGAAAAACCCCAAAAAACGACCAACCGCUGAAAAAUUACUGCAGCACGCAUUUUUUCAAGGAGAAAUGAAUAAACGUUUAGCUUUGGAAUUGUUGCAAAAAGUAUCAAAUCCUAGUCAUAUGUUCACCGAUUUGGAGGCCGACGAGGACGGAGCUGUACCCAAUGUUCCUCAAAGGAUAGCAUCGCGUCACACCGCGAGACCUAGACCAAAAAGUCCUAUACCACAAUUAGAUAGUGACGACCAGAUUAAUCUCGAUGGAACAUUGCAAAGAGAAGUAAUUUCACCGUCUGUGGACACUAAUCCAUCAUGGGAUAUCAUGGAUAUAAUGAAUAAUGUCAAGGCUGUUCAUAAUUGUGAUGUUCAUCCAGAUUGUGGUAUUGGUACAGCAUUUGAAGAUGCUCAAGAAAAUACUGUUGGCGCUAACGUUACAACAGAUAAUAGAGAGUCGCGUCGAAGCAAAACAGGCACAGAGAUAUUGCAUAUGAGUUUAAGGAGUCUAUUGCAGUACAUUGAUGAGGAGUUGUUGCUAAGGGGGAAUGCAAUGUCGAUGGUUGGUGGGCAUUGCGACCAGCUAUAUUCCCUGCAAGCUACUCUUCCCCUUGGCGAGUCGUCGAAUGACUGUGAAGUGCAUUGUCCAUAUUAUAACAUGUCAGGAUCUCAAGCAAGUCCCAGGCGUCACAGCUCUGUGGACGAGUUGUAUGGUCUGGUGAGCAGUACUCAGUCCUUAGCCGCUGUCAAUGGACAACGCCAACGAUCUCUCUCGGACAGUGGUCCUAGAGAUGAAUCCCCUCAAUCCAAUGGUCAAAGUGAGGGACCAGGUGAUGGGGAAAGGGAAACUAUGAGUCCAGACUUAUUGUCUGACACUCCUCCAGUUCCCCCAAGAAGAAGGGACAGGAAACGUCAUACACCUCCUAGACCCAUCAGCAAUGGACUGCCACCUACACCUAAAGUUCAUAUGGGUGCAUGUUUCUCAAAAGUAUUCAAUGGUUGUCCUCUAAGAAUACAUUGCACUGCAAGCUGGAUUCAUCCAGACACGCGGGAUCAACACUUGCUGAUCGCGGCAGAGGAAGGAAUUUAUAAUUUAAAUCUAAAUGAACUUCAUGAAACCGCAAUAGAUCAACUGUAUCCGAGACGUACAAUUUGGAUGUACGUUAUUAAGGAUGUUCUCAUGUCUUUAUCUGGAAAAACUCCUCAAUUAUAUAGACAUGAUUUACUAGCAAUGCAAAGCAAACAGACCCAUAGGUUUUCAUUGCACAUGAAUAAAAUACCUGAGAGAUUAGUACCUAGAAAAUUCGCCCUAACUACUAAAGUACCAGAUACUAAGGGUUGCACCAAAUGUUGUGUGGGAAGAAAUCCAUAUAACGGGUAUAAAUAUUUGUGCGGUGCAAUGCCAACGGGAAUAUUUUUAAUGCAAUGGUACGAUCCUCUGAAUAAAUUCAUGCUUCUAAAGCAUUUUGAUUGUAUGCUACCAACACCCUUAAACGUAUUCGAAAUUAUUAUCACGCCUGAAAUGGAAUAUCCAAUGGUGUGUGUGUCUGUAAAACAACCAUAUCAGCAGAACAAAUUAAAAUUGGAUUUAAUUAACAUGAAUUCAGGGGCAAGUUGGUUUCACAGUGACGAAUUGGAAGAUAUGGAUGGUUCAGCCACCGUAAUACCAAGAAGAGAAAACCUUCACGUUAUUAACGUUGCACAGCUAGAGAGAAAUGCAAUAUUAGUCUGUUACGAUAAUGUAGUAAAAGUGGUGACGCUGCAAGGAAAACCUAGGUCGAGCAGAAAGCACAUGUCGGAGUUACAUUUUAACUUUCAAAUCGAAUCUAUCAUUUGCUUACCGGACAGUGUACUAGCAUUCCACAAGCAUGGUAUGCAAGGUAGAAGUUUCAAAAAUGGUGAUGUUACGCAAGAAAUCAGUGAUCCUAGUAGAACGUACAGAUUGCUUGGGUCAGAUAAAGUUGUGAUGUUGGAAAGCCACUUGGUUCAGACAGGCACGCUAACUGAGUCAGAGGGCGCGGACUUAUACAUACUUGCUGGACACGAGGCCAGUUACUAAAGUUCUCAUCUUCCAAAUGCAAAUGUACAGGCGUAAAUGUGU